GCGCGAGAACUGCGGCGAUGAUCGUCGUUGGAUCGGUCUCGUCGCCGACGCGAGAGCAGCCGACGCAGCGAUCUUUCCCCUAGUCAGGGAAAGUCCGCGACCCGCGCGCGACUCCGGGAAAAAUCGGCCAGCGACGCAAGGAUCACGUCCAGUUUCUUUUUUCCCCUUCGCGUCUCGAGUACUUUCGAUUGAAUUUAUUUUUUUCACCAAAAUAAGGGAGCCAGGACCAAGGUGGUGCUCGGAGUGGCUAUACCGUCGCAGCAGAGGAGCGAGGAACGUACACGUACAUAUAGGGUAUACGAAAAUACAAUCUAGCCGCGGGAGCAUAAUCUAAAUACGAGGAGAAGAAAGUAGGGGAACAAUGCCUGGCGCUGGGGGUCAACCACCCCAACGGACGACGUUCAGGCCACCCUGGGUCAAAGAUGGACCACCGCCGAUACCGAUGCCGACAGCGCCGUGGACUCUAAACUCUCGGAGAGACUCCAAAACUCCAACGGAUGACGCGCCAGCCUUCACAAAAGUCACGCUCAAGAGCGUACCAAAGCCGGCAGACGCCAAGCCGGCCGAGCCACAGUCACCCGCAGCCGCCGAGAGCCGCAAGACGAGCAAAAUCACCAUCGUGCCGUCGCAGCCAAAGAGCGAUAAGAAAGCAGGCCAACCCCCGGCACCAGCCCCUUCGAAGGCUCGGGAAAAUGGCCGGCCAGAGCCAAGUUCGAGACCGCAGCUCGAGCGCCAGACUCGCGUCGAGAGAUCGAGGUCUCGGGGUGACCAGAUUCCUCUCUCUAAGAGCGAGAGCACGACCGGAGCCCCAACGCUGCCGAAGAGUGCCUCGAGGGCGAACAUACCUCCGCCGCCGCCGCCCAGACCACCACCACCGCCUCCGGGAAGGACAAUAUUGAAGGACCUGCCGCCUCUCACGGAGAAGCAGCAGAAGACCAUAGAAAUGCUCAAGUCGAGACCGAGAAAACGCCCGGACUGGAGUGACAUGAUGAAGGAGGUCGAAAGUGGCAGAAAACUCCGACACGUCACCUGCAACGACAGGAGUGCGCCGCUCAUCGAGAGGGUCAUCACAAAAGUCACGGCCGAUCCAGCCGGAGACGCACAUUUCGUUUUCGAUUCAGAAAAGUCAAAUGUGCACAACAAACUACUUCAACAAAUCCAGGAGGGUGUCAAGCUGAAAAGCGUGAAAACGAAUGACAGAUCUAAACCCAUCCUGCAGGGCCUGAGAAAGUUCAGAAGGCAGUUGACGAUAGAGGAACAGAUGCAGAAAGCGGAGCAGGCGCCCACGGAGGAGCCCAUUCCAGACGAGAUGGACGAUAUCGACGCCGUGCGCGACGAUCUUCAGAGUACAAAACAGAUGCUGGCAUUGGAACUUCGGAAUAAGGAGGCUCUCGAGAGAGAGAACAAAAGGCUACAGAAUCCUUUAGAUAGUAGUCCCGAACGACUACUCGAGCUUGAGAAGCUUCAACAAGAGCAAUUUCGAUCGCAGGCAAGGAUUCUGAACCUCGAGGUAGAGCUGGAGCGGGCCAAGUCGCAGAAGACUGUUCAGGAGCACAAGCAGCAGGACGAGAAGUUGUCCGAGUCGCUGAAGAAGGAGGCCGAGCAGGCGAGAAAGGACGCCGAGAGGCUCGAGAAGGACUUCGCCAGCGCAGCCGAGGAGAGGGACAAGGCCAAGAACGAACUCGAGGACAUGAAGAGGAUGUACGCUAAUCUGGAAAAACGCAUGAAAGCUGGCUCCAAAGAAACAAGCCAACAAUCCGAGCGUGGCUCUACGAGUGAAACUGAAAGCGAAUCUGUGGAUGAGUCGGAGGAUGGUCAAUCCGCAUGCGAGACAGAGCACAAUGGCUCGGAGUAUGAAAACGAGCCCAUUGUGGAACUGGCCGAGGAUACAAUAGAGGUGGCUUGGUGGGAUGUUUCAGGAAUGGCUCUGGCUGGAUGCCCCAGUGCCAAAGACGUUGCCAGAAUCGCAUCCCAAAAGAGUAUGGAUAAGCCUGAACCCGAGGAGAGCGAAGAAGAGGAGGAGGAGUCGUCAGAGGAGGAGAGCGAGGAAGACGAGGACCCUAAAGUCGCUGAGGAAAAACGCCAGCAAAGGGAGAUCAAAUUGAUGAAAACGAAGAUUAGGAAUUUCAAAGAUAAGACUGCUAAUUCAAAGAAAGAGAGACAAGUACUGAAAGAUCAAAUCAAGCAACAGAAUAAGCUAUUGAAGGAAGAAAAGAAAAAGUUCAAAGCUUUGCAAAAGGAAGUUGAUAAGAUGGCCAAACUGAUGGCCGAUGCAGAUGACGAAGAAGAAGAGGAAGAGGAGGAGGAGGAGGAGGAGGAGGAGGAGGAGGAAGAGACAGAAUCCGAGGAGGAAUCCGAAUCAGAAGAAUCCGAAGAUGACGAGGAAUCAGAAACUGAUGAUGAAUCUGCACCGAUAGAGAAGCGCAAGACUAAACUACAGGGUCGUGUGAAGAGGCAUGAAGGAAGAUUAGCAGCAUUAAAGAAAGGCAACUACUUACUCAAGGCGCAAGUGGAUAGAUUGAAGGAUGAUUUGUCAAAGCAGCGUGAAGAAAGCAUCUCUUUACAAGAAGAUUUAGACUCAGUCUUAGCGGAAUUGGGUUAAAUUGAAAUGUACUACAUGCAGACACAACAACAAAUAUGCACAUAUAUACAUACAUUAAUUUAAUCUGUAAGGAAAAAUACAUUUUGAUAACUUGAACAACACGAUGACUAACAAAAAAUAAUAUCGAAAUGCUUGUUGGUUAAAGUCAAUCAGAUAUGGACUUCUUGAGAGCUAAGUGAUAUUUAUUUAUAGAAAGAAGUCAAUAUCAAUCAUACCUUUGCUUUUAAAUUGUAAGAUAUUUUUUAAUAUGGUUAUUGGCUAAUUUUUUUUUCCAUUUUACGUAAAUAACUAAAUAUCAUUUCAUUUCAACGCAUUCAUUCAGUUGAUUUUAGAGUGUAAAAUACUUUUUUAUUAUCAUACUAGAAAAUGAAAACUACACUAGUUUAAAAGGUGUAGACUACUUAUAUGCUUAUACAAAGAAUGUAUACAAUUUUGCCUGGAAUAUUGUAAAAAUAUUGAUAAAUUGAUUGAAAAUCCUAUUGUUAUUAAUCAGAUCAUUAUAAACUGUUUGUGUUAUUACUAUUUGUAUAAAAAGUUUGUAAAAUAAAAAAAAUUGUGUUUUAUACUUGUCUACACGUCACUGCACACAGAAUCUCAUAAUUCCUCGAGAAGAAACUUAUAAAUCUACAGAACAAUAAUAUAGCUUAACAGAGCUUAAAAGAAAGCAAGAAAAAUAAAAUCCUUGUUAGAUAAA